GUGCAGAACGCCGUGGCCAUUGUCCGGCCCCCCGGGCAUCACGCCGAGUCCGACAAAGCCUGUGGCUUCUGCUUCUUCAAUUCGGUCGCCCUGGCAGCUCGGUUCGCGCAGCGCCUGGCGGGACGGCCCAUGAGGGUGAUGAUCCUGGACUGGGAUGUUCACCAUGGCAAUGGUACCCAGCACAUGUUUGAGGAAGAUCCGAGCGUGCUGUACGUCUCUCUGCACCGUUACGACCACGGCACCUUCUUCCCCACCUCUGAGGACGCCGACGCCGACCGGGUGGGGGAGGGGCCGGGCCGCGGCUUCACCCUCAACGUGCCCUGGAACGGCCCCCGCAUGGGCGACGCCGAGUACCUGGCCGCCUUCCACCGCCUGGUGCUGCCCGUCGCCUACCAGCUUCGGUGGCUCCCGGUCGCGAUUGAGGGCUUGGAGACGCCAGCCCAGCUCCGGGCAGGGCGGGGAUGUGCCCGGGGACAAGGCCCGGUGGCUCUUGGUGCUGUGCCGAGGGUGGGGCUGGACAGACGGACGCCGCCAAACCCAGCUCUCUUCUCCCCCCUUCAGGGAGGCUACAACUUGGUGUCGAUCUCCGAGUCCAUGACCAUGUGCACCCGGACCCUGCUGGGGGACCCGCUGCCCGAGCUGGGGCGCCUGCGAGCUCCACACCCCAGCGCCCUGCACUCGCUGGCCCGGGCGAGCGCCGAGCACCGCAGAUACUGGGCCUGCCUCCGACUGGACGUGCCGAUCCGGGAGGACUCAAGGCCCCGAUCCGGGCAGCCGGGCCCCAUCCGGGAGGACUCCCCACCAGAGGAUCCCUCCUCCGCUGAUGACAUCCUGAGGCUGGGAGCCCAGCUGAGCCCUGACUCCACCCUGCUGGGCGGGGCUUCCCCUGGAGGGGAGGAGCCUACAGCUGCAGAGGCAUCAGAGGACCCCCCCAGCCUCCUGGACGAAGCAGCCGCCCUGCUCCCCUCCCCCUCCGUCAGCCUGGGGGUGGAGUUCGCAGACACGGGGACGCUCUACGCCGUGACCCCUCUGCCUUGGUGCCCCCACCUGGACUCUCUCCAGCCCCUUCCCCCGGCCGGGCUGGACGUGCUGGCGCCGUGUGAGGAAUGCGGCAGCCAGGGCGAGAACUGGGUCUGCCUGGACUGUUACCGGGUGCUCUGCGGGCGUUACGUCAAGCAGCACAUGCUGGCUCAUGGCUCCGUUUCCGGCCACCCCCUGGUGCUGAGUUACGCCGACCUGUCGGUCUGGUGCUACACCUGUCAAUCAUACGUCCAUCACCCGACCCUGCUGCCAGCCAAGGCCCUGGCUCACCGCAUGAAGUUCGGGGAGGACCCGGCCACUGGGCUCUGAGCCCUGUGCCACAGGAAGGGGGGCGGUGUUCAGAUCCCCCCCCCGCUCCUGCCAUGAUGGACCAACCCACUCUCUUAAAGGGCUACAGCCGUGCCAAACAACUCACCAGCAGCGAGGAAGGACUCUUUCUCCCCCCC